AUGAGAAGGCAAGAUCGGAAACAAGUAUCGAAUGAUGAUAAAUUCAGCGAGAGUUCUCUUGAAAGUGAUGACUCGCUAGCGACCACUUCUUCAGAGUAUGAGGAAGCCGUCCACCAGCCACACGUGAAUUCUCGAGCAAGAUCCAGAAGUGAGCCGUUGGGUAUCUUCACGGAGAUCCCGAGUCCUGAGCGACCGUUCUUGCGACCACCCAGCGCCACUGCGAAAGAGCUCAUGGAGAUUUACAAAAACUAUCGUCGAGGUGGCCUGUACUUCUUCCGCCGAACUUGGAUGAGGAUUUGCAGAGAACUGGACCACAGCGACCCAAGCAAACGACCACGCUACCUACCACUGGCGCCACCGUAUCAUCUACUACCGAACACUUCAUUCUUCAGAAAAACUGCCAUAAAGCCUCCUCCCACGUACUGUUCCGACGGCUUGCCUCCUCUCAAACGCAUUAUCAAUCGAUAUUUAGCUAGUAUACUUGUAAGUGAACAACUUUCCUUUUCAUAUCUAUUCGCCCGACAUUCACACCUGAUUGACCACAUGAAAUUGAACGAAGAACUUCGAAUUUUCAUGCAGGAAAGACGAAGGCAUAUACAGAGAGAGCACCAGGCACGAGAAGGGGAACAGAAGGCAGUUGAUGAGACGGAAGAAGGUGGUGAAAAGGCGCCUCGAGAAGGACAGUCGCUGAGCCUCCAUAAUCGACAGAAGAGAAAACCUCGCGUUGUCAUCCAGCACCUUCUCUACGGCGGCCAACUGAUCCACUACAUUCAGGACGGCAAUGAUCCUCCUCCAAUCCCUGGAUAUUUCACAAAUGCUCCGUUGAUUCCGAGCAAUGUAAGGAUUAACUCUUUGUUCCUCUUGGGCAAUCAGCUGAUGAGUUUGGAGAAGAUACCGUCAUUGCCAUGCCCUGAAGCCACCACACCAUCUCUAGUUAUGUCCCCUCAGGCGGUGUCACCUCCUCAAUCGACGGCUGCUUCAGAUGUCGAUGAAGCCAAUGAUGAUGCAGCAGAGGCAACUCCUGAUUUUAGUGUCGUCGCUACAGAGAGAUACGCGAGUAUCUCUAUCACAUCAAAUGUCUUGAAUUUGAACUUUCGCUGA